AUGGGGAAAGCAGGUGGAAGAGUAGACUUUGAAUGGGUCUACAACGACCAGCCGCACACGUCGAGGAGGAAAGAGAUUCUUGCUAAAUAUCCGCAGAUCAAGUCUCUGAUGGGUCCAGACCCCCAGCUGAAGUGGGUCGUAUCCGGCAUGGUCCUUACCCAGCUCUUGGCCUGUUACCUAGUCCGUGACCUUUCCUGGAAGUGGGUUAUCUUCUGGGCCUACGCCUUCGGAGGCUGCAUCAAUCACUCCCUGACUCUGGCCAUUCACGACAUCUCUCACAAUGUCGCCUUCGGGAACAAGUUAGCAAAGUGGAACCGCUGGUUCGCCAUGUGGGCUAACCUGCCCAUCGGGGUGCCCUACUCUGCCUCCUUUAAAAAAUACCACAUCGACCACCACCGGUACCUGGGGGGCGAUCAGUUGGACGUGGACAUCCCCACAGACGCCGAAGGGUGGUUCUUCUGCACGCCGGCCAGGAAGGUGCUGUGGCUGUUCCUCCAGCCGCUCUUCUACGCCCUGCGACCGCUGGUGGUCAAUCCCAAGCCGGUGGGGCAGAUGGAGAUCCAGAAUGCAGUGGUUCAGCUCACCGCAGAUGCAAUCAUCUAUUAUUUCUGGGGUAUAAAACCCAUCGUUUACCUCGUCGCUGGAUCUAUCCUGUGCAUGGGAUUACACCCCAUCUCUGGGCAUUUCAUCGCGGAGCAUUACAUGUUCAUGAAGGGACACGAGACAUAUUCGUACUACGGACCGCUCAACUGGAUCACCUUCAACGUCGGGUAUCACAUGGAGCACCACGACUUCCCCAGCAUACCUGGAAGCAAGCUUCCUCUGGUCAAACAAAUCGCAGCAGAGUAUUACGACUGCCUCCCCCAGCACACUUCCUGGUCCCGGGUUCUGUGGGACUUUGUGUUUGACGACAGCAUUGGACCGUAUGCCAGAAUCAAGCGGGAAUACAAGCUGAGCAAACAGGAAUAGAUCCACAAACAUCUGAUCAGCACAGAAAAACUCCAGAGAAAUGUCCAUUUUAAUUAAAAAAAAAAUAUAUUAAUAUUUCGUAGGUUGUGUCUGAAUGCAAAACUGUUGGACACCCGCGCAGUCUUGUAUUCAUGUUACUAUUGGGGAAAAAAAGGAUUUUUCACAUUUUAUUGAUGUAGAAAUUCAGCUCCCAACAGCUGGAUGGUUCUCUUAUCAACUCGUGGUCCUGCUACAAACCUUUAGCUGCAAUGAAAAAAAAAAAAAACUGUGCAUGACUGGCAAAUAUUUCCUCAUUUAGAAUCUGGAAACUUUUGCAGAACUGGUUGUUAGUUCCUUAUCUUACUUGCAAGAAUUAGACAGGUUUUCUAAAAAAAAAAAAAAAAAAAAAAAGAAGGAAAAAAAAAAGAGUUUUGGAAAGGUAGAAAAACAGUCCGGUACCUUGAUUCUGUUUCAGCACCCAGAACUGAGCUGAAGAUGGAAAAAAGUGUUAAAAAAUCUUUUUUUUUUUAACAAAGAAGACCUUUUUUUCAUCAAUGACGCCUCGUUCUGCAAGUUUGCAACUCCGUUAUGCUGUAAAUACUCCCGAUUACAUCUGGAGGAAGUGAACAUAGUUAUAAAAAGGUUUUUUUUACUCUGUAUGUUAUUUUCAAUAAAAUCUGUUCUCCGUGA